AUGGACUCCGUCUUCGCGCUCGCGGCCGUGCCCCGGGCGCUCGUCCUGGAGCGCGCGGCGGCGCGCGUCCCCGGCUGCCUCUACCUCUGCCUCUGGGCGCCGGUGACCGCCCAGCUCCCGUCCAGCCAUUUGUUCUGCUUGGACGCGUGGAUCGGCGGCGGCGGUGCUCGCGCACGGGCGAGCUUCGAGGCGUACCGGGGAGCGCUCUGCGCCGUCGUAAGCGGGUGCGUGCCGGGGUGGGCGUACAGGGAGGGCCGCGCGUACGUGGAGCUGCCGGAGCCGGACCUGACGGCGUCGGCGUCGCUGCAGGUGCAGCAGCAGUUCUACCAUGAAGCCGGCACGAAGAUGGCGGUGUUCAUGGGCUGCGAGAGCGGCGAGAUCGAGAUCGGGCUGUCGACUACAUCGGUGGCAGCGGCGGCGGUGGCGGACCACGUGCACCAGUCCUUCCUGGAGGACCUCCUCCAGCUGCCGCCGACAGGGCUGUCGUCCUCGUCCUCCCCCGUGCCGUCACUCUCCAUCGGGAGCCCGGAGUACUCCUCUCUCAUUCGCGCAAUGGCGACGCCGGUAGCAGCGGCGGGCGAGCCAUCCACGCGGCCACCGAUGAUGCAGGCGUCGCCGCUGGCCGGCUUGCUCGCGCCGAUGGCCGAAGCCGACGAUUAUGCCUUAAUGGCGCAGGCAAUGCUCGCGGUCACCCCCUCCUCCGGUCCGCCGAGCACCUCCACGCUGCCGCCUCCGCCGUGUCCGCCCUGGCUGGCCAGCCACCGCUCGUCGCCGCGGCGGACGACGGCGUUCAAGCCGUAUCGCGCGGCGCUCUCGCCAAGGGCGCGGCCGCGGCCAGGCGCGCCGGGGCAGAGGAUGAUGAAGGCGUGCAUCUCCCUCCUGGCGAGCGUGCACACGGCAACGCGCAACCGGACGGAGCUCGCCACGGCGCGCCACGAGGGCAGCAGCGCGCCGUCCACCACCAGCCAGCUGCACCACGUGAUCUCGGAGCGGCGCCGGCGCGAGCGGCUCAACGACAGCUUCCAGACACUCAGAGCUCUGCUCCCUCCCGGUUCCAAGAAAGACAAGGCCAACGUCCUCGCGAGCACGACGGAGUACAUGGCGAGGCUGGUAUCCCAGGUGUCCCAGCUCAGAGAGAAGAACCUGCAGCUCGAAGCGCGGCUCGGCCUGAACCAGAGCCCAGGCUUUGACCCCUCGGGGAAAACGGUGGAGGUGGAGGUGACCACCGGGGCGUCGACGUCGACGUCGGCGACGCCAGGUCAGCAGUCGCGGGAGGUGAGCGUGCGGGUGACGGUGCGGGCGGAGUGCGACAUGUCGGACUUGCUGACCCCGCUGCUCGCGCGGCUCAAGGACGCCGGGGGUUUCGCCGUGCUGUCCGUGGAGGCGAGACAACAGAGCAGCGCGCUUGCACGGGCCAGCCUCACAUUGCGGAUCGCGGAGGCUGGCGACGACGCCGUCGACGCGACACGGCUCGAGGAAGCUCUGGCGAAGGUCGUCGAGGACGCGGUGACGAAGACGCCGCCGCCGGUGCCACCCCCAAGGUCGCCGUAGGCAGGAUGUUGGUAUUGAGUAUUGACCGUGUCAGGGAGCCCGAGAAGGAGGCAGGAAAAUGACUGUGCUUGGUCGCAAUGGCGGCCUCUCUUUUUUUUUCUUUCUCUCGUCUUUUACCCAUGUAGCAUUGUUGUUGAGUUUUGGUAGUGUCGGGUCAAGAUUGAAGGCCUCCUAUUUUAGUGUAACGUAGUC